AAGACAUAGCAACUGAAGUGAGUCCCCAAGCAACGACGGCGACUGGAACAACUUCUGCCAUGUAAACACUGGUACUAAAUAUCCAGGUAAAGCGUUAGUUAGUUAGCAUGUGUUUAGCAAGUUAACCUAGUUACCAGAGUCAACGUAACAACGUGUGUAAGUGUUAUUCCAGAGAAGAGAAAGAAAAUGGAGCAACAGACCUUCACCAGACGUCUUUUUAUCAACGACGUCGACACGUUUUCUUCUAGAAACAUCGCCAAGUAUUUAUCAACGUGUUUCACUGAUGAGACAACGCAAGAUGGCGCUGCUUCACCUCCACGUCAACCUGCUUUCAGGACAGUAGCGACUGUGUCUUCGUCCUCCAAACACCAGAACAAUCUGUUUCUACUGCAGCAGUACACGUCACCGACUCGAGAUGAGCUCCUCCAGCGGCUGCUGGAGUGCGAUGUGGUCGUGUACAACAUCUCGGAAAAUGCAACGCAGCAACAGAUUGAAGAGGCGACAUGGGCAAUAACGGCCCUGCACGCCGAGUCGGAAAACUUUACAGCGCGGAAAAUGUUCGUCUUAGUCUCGACAGUGAUGACCUGGGCCAUGACCAAGCCACAGAAUCCGGAGGAAGCAGACGCCGUGUUAACAGAGGAAGAUUUCAGAAGGAGAAGACCUCAUCCCAGUUUCAGGAACCACAAUAAUCUGGAGAAACUCGUGCUCAAAUUGGGCAAAGGGAGUAAGUCCAAACUCUCCAGUUACGUCGUAGCAAGUGGUCUUCAGUACGGAAAGGGGGAAAACCUCUUUCACUACUUCUUUCAGGUGUCCUGGUUGUUGAAGCUUCCAAAAGUUCCCAUAUUUGGACCAGGCACAAAUCACGUCCCCAUGAUUCACGUACAUGACCUUGCACGCGUGAUUGAAAACAUCAUUGAGCUGAAGCCAAAGUCAAAGUACAUCCUCGCCGUCGAUGAUUCCAAGAACACUUUGGAGGACGUUGUAAAGAUGAUAAGUGAUAAACUCGGUCCGGGGGAAAUUACCACACUCGAGGAGCAGGAAGCCGUCGCCAUGAAAGCUUUUACGCCAGACGAGCUGCAGUAUCUCAGCAUCGACCUCCGUUUGGACGCUUUUAUUAUAAAAGACUCCUUUGGGCUGCGGUGGACGUCUGAACACGGGAUGGUUGAGAACAUGGAGAACAUUGUGGAGGAAUAUAAACACGCCCGGCAGCUACACCCUAUUAAAAUGUGCGUGGUUGGGCCUCCAUCUGUGGGUAAAACCACCGUGUCAGAGAAACUCUGUCGCCGCUACAAGAUUCACCACAUCAAGAUCAAAGAGGUGAUCGAGGAAAAGGUCGCACAACUGACGGGGAUAGUGAAUGGAGACGACCCUGAAUCUGAAAAUACCAGUGAAGACGUUAGAGCUGCUGCACGUCUUCAGCUGGACAGGAUUAAUAAAAGCAUGGGAGUGAACGCAGAUCGACUGGACGACCAUCUAGUUUUUGACAUUUUGAAGGAAAAGCUGAAUUCAAAACCGUGCAGGAACCAAGGAUUCGUUCUUGACGGCUUCCUGAAGACUUACGAUCAAGCACAGCAGAUUUUCCUGAACGAGGAAACAGAGACUCAGAGUUCAGAGGUUGAAACACCUGUGUUCAACAACACGAUCACUCCAGAGCAUGUUAUUGCGUUGGAAGCCUCCGACGAUUUCCUGACAAAACGAGCGCAGGGACUUCCAGAGAGUGUCGCAGAGAAAAUGCGAUACACCCCGGACGAGUUUGUCCGUCGCCUGGCGAGACACAGAGAGCUCGCCGCCGCUGAGGAAACUCUGCUGGACUUCUUUGACGAGCUGGAGAUUCACCCUGAGCAAAUAGAGGUCACUACGGACGAUCCAGAGUACACAGAUGUCGUGAAGAAAAUCACUCAGAUGGUGGGGAUUCCCAGAAACUACGGCCUGAGUCCACAGGAGCAGGAGGGGGAGGAGAGGAGGAGAGAGGAGGAGAGGAAGCAGAAAGUGGCCGCGGAGGUCGCGAAGAAGAAACGCGGGAACGAGGCUGCGCUGGCAGAGAUGGCUGCUCAGUAUGAGGAGUGGCAGAGGAACGUGUCCGAGGUGAAGCGACAGGAGGACGAGCUGCUGGAGGCGCGUUCUCUUCCCCUGAGGAACUACCUGAUGAAGUACGUGAUGCCAUCGCUCUCCGAGGCCAUGCUGGACUGCUGCAAGGUCAAACCAGACGACCCCGUCGACUUCCUGGCCGAGCAUCUUCUACGGCACAACCAGGACGAUUAAAUCUCUACUUCAUGAGGAGACAUAUUCAUCUUCAGAACCAGAGGAUGAUACCACUUUUUUGUUGCCGAUACCAAUAUCACAAACUCGAUAUUAGUCA